AUGAACAAACAAGAUUCGGAAAGAGCGGGUCAAAAUAGGCCGGCAUCGAUGAUGCCCCCUCCGCCUGCACUGGUGCCAGGAACGUCGGGAAUAGCUCCCAGAGCAGACUCAAUUACCAUGUACACCAACUUCAACGCACCGCGUCUGUCAACAGACGCGGCGCUGUCGUCGUUUCUCAAUAUCGCAGAGGCUCAAAGCCAGGGUCUGGGCGUCUCACAGACGGCACAGCAUGCACCACGAUAUCAGGACCAGCAAUUACAACAAUUACAGCAACAGCAACAGCAACAGCAACAGCAACAGCAACAACAACAACAACAACAACAACAACAACAACAACAGCAGCAGCAGCCACAAGUGCAGCAACAACAACAACAACAACAACAACAACAACAACAACAACAACAACAACAACAACAACAACAACAGCAGCAGCAGCAGCAGCAGCCACAAGUGCAGCAACAACACCCACAGCAACAGUUCCCCACACGACCCGACUUUGGACCGUACAGUCGGGGCUACUCUAUCAUCAACAGCUUAUGGCCCGGCAGCUCGGGAAGCCAGACUCAGAAUCCACAACAACCUGAUGGGGGUUCUCAGUUCACCACAAUGCGACGUCAGAGCGAGCAACUGGAACCAUUCAUGCCGCGUUUUAAGACCCCAAGUUUUUCAUCGGGGCCCUCUGGUCCCAACCAAUACCAGACCCAACAGAUCCCACCAUACAGCAGCAGCACACGAGGUUCAGACAUUCUGAUACCGGGCUCCAAGCGCAAUUCCAUUUUUUUCGGCGGGGCCGAACCUCCAGAUCUGGACUUUUUCUACUCCAGUAAGCGCGACCCUCAAGUCGCCAUGCGACCCCCACACAUUUUACCACACCGCAACAGCUCAUCUGCCGGGAUGCCUCUGAUAAGUCGACCCAGUUUAAGCUCAGGCUACCCAAACAUCAGCGAAAAUUCUGCCACGAACACGAAUACUAACAACUCGGAAAAUAAUGAUACUGCUGCUAAUAAUGCGAAACCCAUCGCAAGCAACAACCAGGUAAGCAGCACACUAAGUUCUGCUAACGCAAAUGCUUCAACAGGCUCAUUGCCUCCACCAGCCACACAGGAUUCCGACUUGGAGGCUAUUUUCAACCAGGGACUCUCGUCGCGGAAAAACUCUCUACGGUUCUCUACUGACGAUUUUAACUUUGAUUUCAGAAGACGAGAUUCGUAUUUGAGAGGUGCGCUGGACAAUCCAAGCUAUGUUCCGGGAGCACCUCUUAUGUCUAACGGCAUUGGUAAGUCCGACACAACUGGUCUACCGCCUAAGGCAAAUUCACAUUCCGAAUCGCCUAUGAAUACCACCGCAAAUCAUGAAAACUUAUCUGGCUUGACUUCUGACAUACAGCCAAAAAAACGCAGCAGGAAAACGGAAGGAAGCUCGAACAAGUCCGGAACCAAACGAAGACGCAGCGGUAACAACAGCAGCAAUCCACAAGUGAAAACAGAAAGCAUGAGUAAUAUGAUGAGUUACCUAGAGUCAAAAGACCCUUUGUCAGUGUCCGAUGACGUACGCCCGCUUUUGGGCGCCACGAAAAUAGAUCAAUUGGUACUGAUGAUUCAGGCUCGCAAAAAGGGAGUCACAGAUCGUAUACCCCGGGGUCCAGAUGGGUCUGUGUUGCUUGAAGAUGCCCCGGCGCUAAUUCCUCCUGCUAGUGAACUGAUGGGUGGAGUAGAAAAACCCAAGGGCCAUGCCGCAAAGCAACACGAGUGUCCAUACUGCCACAAGUGCUUCACACAGCCCACUCACUUGGAAGUUCAUGUGCGUUCGCAUGUUGGCCACAAGCCUUUUCAAUGUGAGUAUUGUGGCAAGAGAUUUACUCAGGGUGGUAAUUUGCGGACGCAUGUUCGUCUACACACGGGUGAGAAGCCGUACGAAUGUGAUCGAUGUGGGCGCCGGUUCUCUAGGAAGGGAAACCUUGCCACUCACCGAUUAACGCAUGACAAUAUGAGACCGUUCCAAUGUAAGCUGGACGGGUGCAGCCGGACAUUUACGCAGCUGGGAAACAUGAAGGCUCAUCAAAAUCGCUCGCAUCUGCCGACGUUAAAUGCCUUGACUCAGAGGCUGGCCGAAAUGGAUCCGAACGAGAAGAUCGCUCCUGAAGAAAGAGAAAUGCUAGAGUAUUUCGCGGACCUUUACAAAAACUCUAACCGGGGCAUCAAAGGGCGUGGCAAGGGCAACACGCGAGUGGCCCCAACGGGCCAUCCUGCCGAUGACUCUCCCCCGCAACCUGUACGACACGAGCCAGUCUCGAGUGCAAAUGCAAAGCUGUCUGAAAUUCCCGAAAGUCCGACAAGCGUAUCCAAACAGCUUAAUCUUCCACCGCCUUCUGAUCCCACGGAUCGCCCUGACAUCCCCUAUGGUCUAAGCUUACCAGAUAGCAUUGGCAUAAGGCCUACUGUGCUUCCUAUCGACGCAGAUGCCAUUACUAAAAACAGAGUUCCGGAUCCGAACGAUUACACUUUUGGUCUCAAUCAACACAUCAAAGCUGAGCCAACUGAACGCUUCCAAACACCCACCCAUGGGAAUGCCAAUCUGACCUUCAAAAGCGUACCGUUCAAUAAUUAA